GUAGUAUAAAGUUUGCUGUCUCCUUUGUUCGCCCUCGUUGCGCAGUACUGCUAGAGGCUCCUCACUUCAGUACCCCUACCCGGUAACUGUCACUUGUCCCGGGCUGCCUGGUCAGCCCUUGUCCGCGAGCUCGUAGGAGCUUGAGACCGUCGCUACCUUUCUGAUUCACCAGGGAUUAAAAAAAAAAAUGGUUGAAGCAGAUCGCCCAGGAAAGCUCUUUAUUGGUGGGCUUAAUACAGAGACAAACGAGAAAGCCCUUGAAGCAGUGUUUGGAAAAUAUGGACGAAUCGUGGAAGUACUAUUGAUGAAAGACCGAGAAACCAAUAAAUCAAGAGGAUUUGCUUUUGUUACCUUUGAAAGCCCAGCAGAUGCCAAGGAUGCAGCUCGGGACAUGAAUGGAAAGUCCUUAGAUGGAAAAGCCAUCAAGGUGGAACAAGCCACCAAACCAUCAUUUGAAAGUGGUAGACGUGGGCCACCUCCACCUCCAAGAAGCAGAGGCCCUCCCAGAGGCCUUAGAGGGGGAAGAGGAGGAAGCGGAGGAACUAGAGGGCCUCCCUCACAUGGAGGGCACAUGGAUGAUGGUGGCUAUUCCAUGAAUUUUAACAUGAGUUCUUCCAGAGGACCCCUUCCAGUGAAAAGAGGGCCACCACCACGAAGCGGGGGUCCCCCUCCUAAGAGAUCAGCCCCUUCAGGACCAGUUCGCAGCAGCAGUGGAAUGGGCGGAAGGGCCCCUGUAUCACGUGGAAGAGAUAGUUAUGGAGGCCCACCUCGAAGGGAACCCCUGCCCUCUCGUAGAGAUGUUUAUUUGUCUCCAAGAGAUGAUGGAUAUUCCACUAAAGACAGCUAUUCAAGCAGAGAUUACCCAAGUUCUCGUGAUACAAGAGAUUAUGCCCCACCACCAAGAGAUUAUACUUACCGUGAUUAUGGUCAUUCCAGUUCACGUGAUGACUAUCCAUCAAGAGGCUAUAGUGAUAGAGAUGGCUAUGGUCGGGACCGUGACUAUUCAGACCACCCGAGUGGAGGUUCCUACAGAGAUUCAUAUGAGAGUUAUGGUAACUCACGUAGUGCUCCACCUACACGAGGGCCCCCGCCAUCUUAUGGUGGAAGCAGUCGCUAUGAUGAUUACAGCAGCUCACGGGACGGAUAUGGUGGAAGUCGAGACAGUUACUCAAGCAGCCGAAGUGAUCUCUACUCAAGUGGUCGCGAUCGGGUUGGCAGACAAGAACGAGGGCUUCCCCCUUCUAUGGAAAGGGGGUACCCUCCUCCACGCGAUUCCUACAGCAGUUCAAGCCGCGGAGCACCAAGAGGUGGUGGCCGUGGAGGAAGCCGAUCUGAUAGAGGGGGAGGCAGAAGCAGAUACUAGGAACAAACAAAACUUUGGACCAAAAUCCCCAUUCAAAGAAACAAACAAAAAAUGGAAACUAUUCUGUCAUUACUACCCAAGGACUACUAAAAGGAAAAUUGUGUUACUUUUUUAAAAUUUCCUGUUAAGUUCCCCUUCAUAAUUUUUAUGUUCUUGUGAGGAAAGAAGUAAAACAUGUUUAAGUUUGAUUUUAUUAUGACUUGCUCUCAACGAGCAAAUGUUUAAGUGUGUAAGGCUUGACUUGUUGUACUAGUGUUGUAAUUUUCCAAGUAAAAGAGUCCCUAAAGGCCACUUCCUGAAUUUUCCCAGUAAGUAAGGCAAGCAAUUCUAAGAUCUUUCACAAACGUCUAGCCAUCUAGAUGUACACUGAUCUCCACUGAGAGAUGAACCAUUCUGCCUGUACAGCCAAGCUAGCUAUUAGAGGGUGGUUGGGUACACUCAGGAUUUCAGGGUGCCUUCCAACUGAAAUCUCCAUGUUCUCAGUAUGAAAAAGUCUGAGAUCAGAUACCUAUGUAAGGAAAGUGCCAUUCGCCCAGUAAACCCACAAAAGCAAAUGGAUAAUGCUGGCCAUAAUUUGCCUUUCUGACAUUUCCUUGGGAAUCUGCAAGAACCUCCCCUUCCCCUCCCCCAGUAAGACCAUUUAAGUGUGUGUUAAACAACUACAGAAUACUAAAUAAAAAGUUUGGCCAAAACCAA